UGUCAUCAUGGCUUCGUUGUUAUUGGUCGUGUUUGGGAUAUUCCCGUUAUUAGUGUCCUCCGAGUUCUACUCAUCAGAGAAGCAAGCUGACUGGGAGAGAAUCGUAGGCGGCACUAAGGCUGCCAACGGUUCCUACCCCUACCAGGCUUCGCUGCGGGUCUACGGCGUGUGGCACUUCUGUGGAGCCUCCAUUUUGACCCCUAGGGUCAUACUCACAGCAGCACAUUGCGUGGAACGCAUGCGCCCUCAAUACCUCAAAGUGGUGGUGGGCACCAACCAGCUCCUCGCCGGCGGGACCCCGUACGGGGUCCGCAAGAUCGUCUACCACGAGAACUACGACAACUACGAGAUCGUCAACGACAUCGCCAUAGUAUUCACGCAGGAGGAGAUUGAGUUUAGCAGCACGGUGGACGCUAUAGAACUCAAUGAUGAGCCUGUGGAGAAAGGAGAGGAUCUGAUCUUGACGGGGUGGGGGACGACUUCUUACCCCGGGCGUCUCCCCAACGAUCUCAUGCAGUUGGAACUGAAAGCCAUCACGUACGAAGAGUGCAAGAAGGCCCACGAAAACAUCAAUGCGGUCUACGAAACUCAGAUCUGCGCGCUGACUAAGAGGGGAGAAGGGGCUUGUCAUGGAGACUCCGGAGGCCCCUUGGUCCGCGAGGGUCGCCAGAUCGGCGUCGUGUCGUGGGGCAUUCCCUGCGCCAGGGGCAAGCCGGAUGUCUACACUAAAGUGGAAGCUUUCAUGGGCUGGAUAGAGAAGACCCUCGGGGAGGACGAUGAAGACCACUGGAGAUACGUCAACAAGAAGAUGGAGGAGGCUGGAAGAAGGAAGACCAACAGACACCGGAACGUACGAUUUUAACCGACAAUC